AUGGAAGGCCAAUUUCAACUCUUAUUCGAUCAAAUGAAAAGUGAACUGGAAAAACAAACAGAGACAUUAACAGAGUCGAUCACAGCCACUAUUAUGGAAAAAAUCGAUGAAAAACUGCAGCCUAUUAUAUCAGAUAGUAAAAAACUACAAAUAAAAGUAGGAAAACUAGAAGAAGAGAUAGAAUAUCUGAAAAGAGAAAAGAAAAAUAACAACAUAGUGAUAUUUGGCAUGAAGGAAGGUGAAACAUCUACUACUCAAUUAUUAGAUAAAGUGAAAAAUACUUUUAAGGAGGAUCUAGGUAUCAACAUAGAAAAUGGUGAAAUCAAUAAUGCAUUUCGUCUGGGGAAAGUAAUUAGAGACAAUAAACCUAGGCCAAUUCUUCUAUCCUUCGUAAGUACGUGGAAAAAAAGUGAUAUCAUGAAAAAUAAAAAGAACCUGAAGGAGAUAUACGUGAAAGAUGAUUUCUCAAAAGAAGUUCUAGAAAGAAGGAAAGAGCUACUCCCUAAGGUAGAAGAGGAAAGAAAAAAGGGGAAUAUCGCAUACCUGAAACACGACAAACUCAUAGUUAUUGAAACAAAUACUAACGAAAAACGAAAGAGGCAACCAUCUUCAUCGCCGCAAGUAAGAAAACAACCCGCACUUUCGUCGAAAGAUAACAGAAUGAACGCCUUCGAUAUAAUGAGAAACCGAUCGAACUCUCUUUCAAACAACACAGCCAGUGGCAGUAAGGAACAAUAG